GAGGAGACAUCGAGCGCCAAAAGAGAGCGUGCUAAUUCUUUCAUUCAAAGUGAGCUUGCAAAAUUUCGUAGACCGAAGGUACCAAGGUCGUCGUUACGUUUUGAGUGUCGUAAAUGUUGUACCAUAAUUUUCAAGAAAUUUACAGUUCUGUAUCAUUUCAUUCCGUUUCCAAAGUACUGUGGUAUUGUCGUAUCUCGCUGACUGUGAGUCACCAGACGCUUUCUGACACGCGAGAAGAAUGAAGAGAGCACGGGAGCCGAAGAAAAUAGGAUUGUUCUCGUUGUGCCCCUGUCGCUAUAGUAGACCAUAGGGAGCAAGAACCAAACGUGACACACUUAUGGACAAAAGUGAAAUAGAAGUAACCCCGCGCGAAAAAGUGCUUUUGCGCCGGACGGAUAGAGACUUGUUUUCUUGAGAAAAAGCUCCAUAAUCCGAAUACCAGGAAUAGUGCAAAACCCAGCUGAAUUAAGGUACGCGUAUCUGCGAGGCCAAGAGCAUAACGUUAGGCCACUCCGAUCCCUGACCCGUUCCAACCCCAGCGAAAGCUAUUCAUUCCGACGACUGAGAGCAGAAUUCACAGUCUAAAGAACGAUACAGGAUCUGUAAAGCGGCCCAAAACUGCGGGACGAAAUAGCUUACUGCGAAGGAAAUCAGUUACCCCUGUCUGCAAAAGGUUGUUAUACCAAGCGCCGGCCUUCCCGUUGCUGUUUGUAUACUCCGAUGAUCGAAAAAAAGGAUUCUGACUUUGAUCAGACGGUUUCGUCCCGGGACGAACCUAUCAUGGACGUACCGAUUCUAGUCCUGAAAGACUUGCAACGAGACGGUACGGACACCGCCGACCAAGCAAUUCGACAAGGAAUGGAUCUUGGUUGUCUUUGGGUCGACAUCGGCGAUGGCUGUGACGCUCUGCAAGACACUGGUGUAUUGUGGUCCCACGUGGAAUCAUUUUUCAACACUGCACGUGAUGCUCCCCACUGGAAAUCAUCCCGUUUCACGGCUCCACAGGACCCAUACCUCGAUGCCCUCAUGCAUUCCGUUUACGUCAGUGGGUCGCAUUAUUUUUCGAGACCGAGUUUCGAGUCAUCGACCAUAUUUCCCGACGACGCAGCUAGUAAGGCCCCGGAGUGCUUGGCCGACAUUGACCCACUACUGUUUCAGGUCCAGAAUGUCAUGGUAGAUGCCGCCAACCAGAUCUUUGCGUACAUUGGUGAGCGUGUUCUCGGGAUCGAAGCAGAUUUUUUGGCAGCGGCUCCCGAAAAGCGUACAAAUACCCUCACGUUGCACCGCGUUGCCCCCGUCGCGGAAGAGGAGGAACAAAAGACGGCCGCGCAGGAGCAUUUUGAUUUCAAUGUUGCCAACGUUCUGCUGUACAAUUAUUGCCGCGGCUUCAAAAUUUAUCGAGACAAAGUUUGGUACCAGUUGGCGGAACCUACGAAACCGAAUUUGUUGCUUUUCGAUUUUGGGUCGGUGGUCAGUAUUCGGAGCAACCGGCGAGUUGCGGCCCUCUUUCACCGCGUUGACUCGCCUAUUCUGACCGAAGACGAGAGGGCAGCCUGGGGGUCUCGUUUGUCGUUGGUUUGCCCUAUUGUUCCAGCACUACCGCAAGAGAUAGAAACCCAUCCCAAGCUUUUGGACGAGAGCAUCGACGGUGGGAAAUCGCCGUUUGAUCGUCACACGUAUCGUGACCACGUCUUUUACGCCAGCAAGCACUACACCAUGUUGAGCAAGCACGUGGUCUUUGACGAUCCCAACUACAACAAGGCCGUCUCCUUUCAAAUGAGAGGGGCGGCCUUUUCCGUUUUGCGUACCAAAUUCCGCGCGACCUGGGGGAGCCUGUUUGGACAGAAGGCCCGUUAA